CUCCUAUUUAUUUCAAUGGGACAUGAGUGCAAGCCACGUAGUUUGGAGUCAAGCCCCCCCCCAUCAAAUCUGGUUCAGAAACGAUCUAAGAUUUAAGCGUUUCAGAUUAGGGAGCCGAAAACAUUCCAAGCGACAAGUCUGGAGUGGAAACGGCAAAGGCGAGGAGGGAGAGGAACAAGCGGGCCUUUGGCGUCGCCCAACUGCAAUGAGGAGGGAAAACCGCCUUCGGAGUCGGGCAGGGAAACCGACGCGGACCUCCGGCCGCGCAUGCUCAAUCCCUCCCGCCUUCUGCUCCCAGCAGCCAUUUCCUUGAGUCUCCUCCCCUUCUUCUUCUGCGCUUGCGUUCGAAGCGGGAGGUGCGCGCGCUGCCACUCCGCCUCGGCGUCUCCCUUCCUUUUCUUGUGUGCGCGGCCGCGUGUGGUUCGAGACCUCGCAGAGAUGGCGAUGCACGUUCCGAAGGCCCCGGGCUUCGCCCAGAUGCUGAAAGACGGAGCGAAGGUGGGUGAUUGUAUGUCUGUGUGUGUGUGUGUGUGUGUGAGAGAGAGAGAGAAGCUCGCGAGCGUGGCGGCGAAGGAACGCAGAAGGUUCCAGAAGCGACGCCUCAGCCCGGCGCUUCUAAGGAGGCGGGGCUACUGGGCCCCAUCGCCCGUGGACUGGAAGCCCGUUAGCUUGGCGCGCGCUCACUGGCGGUUAGCAGUCGCCUGAAGAAUUAACGUGCUCCCCCCCCCACCCCCGCUUUCCGAAGGGGAGCCAGUGGCUACUCUCCCGUCACAACGGACACGCCCUAAUAUUUCAUUCAUGCCCGUUCCCUGUCACUUGACGUCUCUCUCGCCGCACUCAUUGGCGCGCCCGCUGCCUAGCAACUCGGGGGCUCGCGCGCGGUAGAGGGGUGGGUGACGGUGACUUCUUAUCGCGUUUGCUGACGUCAUGGGCACGCGCCAAGUUCGCGGCCGGCGGCGGAAUUUUUCGUUGAAGGGAGUUGCUAAGGUUCCGAUUCUGAAGCAGAACCGGCCCAGAGCUAAGGCAUCCGCUGCUUUGCUGCUUGCCUUGCCGCUUUCCUUUCAAAUUCGUGUCAGGGAUGCUUUGUGCAGCUUCCUGUGUUCACUCUUCUGAGCUGGAAUGCCCACACGUUGUUCUUCCACCUCCAUGGCCGUAGGCUCAGAGUACGACAGGAUGCUGCAUUUCCUCCUGCCACCCUGAACUUAGCAGCCCUGGUGAUGGAGGAGUGGGAAUGGUUGGCUUAAGACACCUGUGCAGCUCAACUGUACAUAACUCGUGACUGCAUGGUCCAUGUACUUACAUUGUAGGUCACAUAUGUGGAAAGGAUCCAGGAGCUUUCACAUCCUGUACAGUGGUACCUCGGGUUACAAACGUAAUUUGUUCUGGAGGUCCAUUCUUAACCUGAAACCGUGCUUAACCUGAGGCGCACUUUUGCUAAUGGGGCCUCCCACACCGCCGGCGCACAAUUUCCGUUCUCAUCCUGGGAAAAGUUUGUAACCCGAGAUACUGCUUUGGGUUAGCAGAGUUUGUAACCCGAAGCAUCUGUAACCCGAGGUACCACUGUACUUGGUGUUUUACUUGUGUUUAUAGUAAGAGUUUUAUAGUACGGUAUAUGAGUUUUAUGACUGAGUUAAUCUUUGAAGCUGGGGCCUAGUUCGACAUGUUGACAGUGACAAUGAUGUUUCCAUCUAUUUCUAUUUGGAGAUGCUUGCACCUAUAAUGGGUAGCCACUGGGAUAAACUUUGCUAUGCUUUUAGAUUCACUCCUGACUGCUAUAGGGCUAGGUGGCCAAGCUAUUCUUUUACCUCCCUUUGAUAACAAAUUACACUUUAAUCAGUCAAACAAACAAAAAUAAGCCGCCAACUGUGCAGUGGCAUUCUUGAAAUGUUUGACUGUUCAGUUGGCCUGUGUGCCAGUUCAGGAUUACAACUUGGUGGGCAGUAGUUUGUGGGCACAGUGGAGGACUGGCUUAACUCAGUGUUCAUUGCCUUUUCUUAAAGAUGGCGAGUAACCUUCUGCAAACCUGUAUUUGAUAUAGAACAUAGAUAGACAAACUAAGGCCCGGGGCCCGGAUCUGGCUCAAUCGCCUUCUGAAUCCGGCCUGUGGACGGUCCGGGAAUUAGCGUGUUUUUACAUGAGUAGAAUAUGUGCUUUUAUUUAAAAUGCGUCUCUGGGUUAUUUGUAGGGCAUAGGAAUUCAUUCAUCCAUCCCCCAAAUAUAGUUUGGCUCCCCACAAGGUCUGAGGGACAGUGGACCUGCCCCCUGCUGAAAAAAGUUUGCUGACCCCUGAUGUAGAAUCAUGAGUCUUUGUUUUUAUAUCUCACUUGUAUGAUUCUAGACCUGUGCUUUUUAAAUGCACAGCCAAUGUCUUCAAAUAGUCCUGGAGUCCUGGGGGCUGUGGCCCUGGCAUCUACUCCUUCACAUAGUUACCAACAUUUUUUACCUAGUCAUGCAAUUAUUGUCUAUUGUGUGCCCAUAUAUUUCUCUCACUACAGUGGUGCCCCACAAGACGAAUGCCUCGCAAGACGGAAAACCCGCUAGACGAAAGGGUUUUCCGUUUUUCAAUGCACUUCGCAGGACGAAUUUCCCUAUGGGCUUGCUUCGCAAGACGAAAAUGUCUUGCGAGUCUUGAGAUUUUUUUCCGCUCCCCCCCCCUUUUUCUAAGCCUCUAAGCCUUUAAUAGCCUUUUAGCAGCUAAGCCGCUAAGCCGCUAAGCCUUUAAUAGCCGCUAAACUGCUAAUAGCGCUAAUCAGCUAAGCCGCUAAUAGGGUUGCUUCGCAAGACGAAAAAACCGCUAGACGAAGAUACUCGCGGAACAGAUUAAUUUCGUCUUGCGAGGCACCACUGUACUAUAUUAUACUUUUUCAUGUACUUUAAUUUAAAAUACUUUGUUUUGUGUCUGUAGCAUUAUUCAGGAUUAGAAGAAGCUGUGUUUCGAAAUAUUCAGGCAUGUAAAGAGCUUGCUCAAACAACUCGCACAGCCUAUGGACCAAAUGGUAAGACUUUUUAAAAUAUUCAUAAAUUAUAACCUUAAAAAGAGGAAUUUAGGGUGACUAUGUAGUAUGUAUUAAGAAAUACAGCUUAUGAUGCUUUUGUUUGUUGAUAAACCCAGGAACAAUGCCAUGAUUUGUUUGGAGAAUUUGUUGUUGUUGUUUAGUCGUUUAGUUGUGUCCGACUCUUCGUGACCCCAUGGACCAGAGCAUGCCAGGAGAAUUAGAUAGAAUUAAAUCCUGAAACUAAUUCACAUUUCAUAACACUGUCUAGUUAUAUUAAAUUGUCAUUCACAUACUUGAGGUGUUCUAUUUUUUUUUUUAAAGGGAUGAACAAAAUGGUUAUCAAUCAUUUGGAGAAGCUUUUUGUUACUAAUGAUGCUGCUACCAUCCUAAGAGAGUUGGAGGUAAAUUCCUUCCUGCCUUAUUCAUUUGUAGUCUGCUAAGGAUAUAUUGACUUGUACAUGGGGAUUAUUUAUGGCGAAACAUUGUGUAUGCUGUCUGUUACAAGCUAAGCUUUUCUAGGCUUGUGUUGUUUCCCUGUGAAGGGGUCCAAAGACACCUUUGGGUGGGGUGUAUGGGAUGGAUAGAAAUUUGUGGUACAGGCAGCUUUGUGUAUAUCAGGGUUGAAUUAGCAUGAUUAUAAGAAAUGUGUGCUGCUAAGAUUGUAUGAAGAACUUGUUAAUUACGCCAAAGUUUUGCUAUUUCACAUACGUGUUUUAAUGACUGUUGCCACAUAAUAAGAUUUAGGUGCACUGAAUUAGUUAAAUGUUUUGAAUUUGUAAUGCAGCGUAAUACAUAUUGAAGCAUGCUAUUAGUUACUGAAUAUACACAAGUGUGCUUAAUAGUGUUCUCUGAUACAAAAUCUUAAACAGGUUCAACAUCCAGCUGCAAAAAUGAUUGUCAUGGCUUCUCACAUGCAAGAGCAAGAAGUUGGUGAUGGAACAAAUUUUGUUCUUGUGUUUGCUGGAGCCCUCCUAGAACAUGCAGAGGAGCUUCUAAGAAUGGGACUUUCUGUUUCAGAGGUAAUCUUUUAUUUUGUUCAGAUUAUUGCAAUUCAAAUUAGUAUUCUAGGAUCUUUGAAUAAUUGUGUAUGAAACUCAGUCUCUUGUUUAUCCUCUUAAUUUUUCCAUUCCUAAUUGUGUCCUAUUUUGCCUUGUGGAGAUUGGGUUGGAUCCAGAUGUCCCUGUCUAAAUAAAAUGGCUCUUUUUGUGUGGAAUGGGGCUUCAGGGAAAACUGGUCACUUUCCCUGCUUCUGCUUAUGGAAGAGUCCAGUUGGCAGAGUUUUAUUCCUGGGAAGUCUGAAUCCAAUCCUUUUUGAGGUUAAGAUAUCAAACUGACUUUGAACUUUUAACAACUUAUGCAUCACAGUACAGACAUGCUAGUGUCUUUAAUUUUAGGUAAUUGAAGGCUAUGAAAAAGCUUUGAAGAAAGCCUUAGAGAUACUUCCUGAUCUAGUGUGCUGCUCUGCAAAAAAUCUUCGGGAUGUUGAAGAAGUGGCAUCUUUGCUGCAAACUUCAAUAAUGAGUAAACAAUGUGGCAGUGAAAUAUUUCUUACUAAUCUUAUUGCUCAGGCAUGUGGUAAGUAUAUGUCAUUUUUUAAAAUCUAAACAUAGUAUUUUGUUUUUGAUACCUAAAAUAUUUUCAUGUUAGUUUCAAGCUUGUUUUUUGUAGUGAAAGUCACUUGUCUUAAUUUCUUGUUGGAUGUCGUUUUUCAGUUGAGUACAUUGGUGCCUCUGUUUAUAAACUUAAUCUGUUCUGGAGGCCCGUUCUUAAACCGAAACUGUUCUUAAACUGAGGCACGCUUUCCCUAAUGAGGCCUCCCACCGCCGGUGCCCUUCUACCAUUUGGCUUCCGUUCUUAGACCGGGGUAAAGUUCGCAAACCGGGACACUGCUUGGGGUUUUGCGGAGUUCAUAAACUGAAUAGUUCGUAAACAGGGCUGUUCUUAAACCGAGGUACCUGUAUUUUCCUGAGCUGCUCUUGUCAAGCUGCAACAGUGUCUAAAAUAGAGUAACACUUACUUGUUCAUAUUAUAAAGCAUAAUAUUGUAACUGGUGCUAUUCCCACAGAUUCUGUGGCAUGUAAUUAAUAAAAUAACUAAAUUAGAUGACUAGCUAGCUUAACAAUGCUUCCUAAAAACAUGUUACUUUUCAUUUUUCGCUCUCUCACAGUCUCUAUUUUCCCCGAGUCGGGUCACUUUAAUGUUGACAACAUCAGAGUGUGCAAGAUCAUAGUAAGUCAUUCUUUCUUUUCCUUUCAGUACUGUAAUACUCAACAUUGAAGGCACUUUGUUUCACUGGAACUUGCCUUCUGGUCACUAUGCUUGAGGGUUGCAGCUUUAGUUAUGGUAAUCUUGAAGAAAAGCAGUUCUGUCUGAACUUUGGUUGGGGCCAAAAACAGGAGAGGGUGUAAAAAACAUACCAUCUGUGGAUUUUUAGUAGACUGUUCCUAUAUCGUUUUCCUGGGAGAUUAGAGACUUCAUAUGUAGGUAUGGAUACAUAUAAACAUUCCGAUUCUGAAAUUCGAAAGUAGAUUUCGCAGAAAAGAAAGAGUUCUGGCUUUCAGUCAAUAAGAUAAUGAAUUUCUCUUCAAUUAGAUAAUUAGCAUUUCUCUUCAAAUAUCAGUGGGGAAGAUUGGGAAGAUCUAGAGUAGGGAAUCAUUUGCUGUGUUGAAAUAGAAACAUAAGAAUGAUAAAACAAAUGCUUUAAAUUGUAGCAAUUUAACUGUUCCUAAGCAGAUACAAUCAGAGUUCAGGUAUGCUUUCACAUUAAAUAGCACAUUAAUUUAAUUAAAGUAAAAAAUUAGUUGUAUUCAGACUUUGCAGUAGGUCUCUUAAAAUCAAUGAAAUCUACUCCCAAAUAUGACAGUCUAGAUCCAACUCAGUGUGAUUUCAGUGGCUUAACUUGGAUGGAAUGGUAAUUAUAAUCUGUUCUUUUCAGGGUUCUGGCAUUUGUGCUUCUACAGUAUUGCAUGGCAUGGUUUUUAAAAAAGAAACUGAAGGUGAUGUUACUUCUGUCAAAGAUGCCAAAAUAGCUGUGUAUUCUUGCCCUUUUGAUGGUAUGAUAACAGAAACUAAGGUAUGGUUUCCCACCGUUUGGAAGUAUUAAAUAUGUAUGAAGCAGCAGCAUGUCUAUACAUAUAUAUAGUAGUUGCUUAUUUUCUCAAGGUGAUCCUUUCCGUGUCUGCAUUUGCAUGGUGAACCAGGCCGAGAGCUACCUUCCUUUGUGCAGUUCUGCUCACAGGGGCCGAUAUGGCGAAACCUUGGUUAGCACAGAGAGGGACAGUCCUAUUAUCGUGACUGUAAAAAGUGGUGCUGCAACUAGAUAAAUAGCUGCAGCCCUUUUAAAAAUGCAAUCUGUUCUGUGUUAAGGCAGGGAUCCACGAAACUGUCAGUGGGAAGCAGUCACAACUUUGCAGUGACUUUUUGCCCCUGGGUGCCCAGCAUAAUGUGAGGGAUCCCUUUCUUGCCUUCCAUGGGAAACUUGGGCAAAUGGAGGGAUCUCUUGUUGCAUAUUUUCCAGUUAUGCCACAAGAAUGGUGCGUGUGUGUAAGUAAGUUAGUAAAAUGACUACAAAUUUUUGACUGAUUUUAUCUGGGCUGGGAUUUCAGCAGGCAGUCCUUUCAUGGAUUGUCUGUCCUAUAUUUCCAUGAUUUAGUAAACUUUUGUUCGGUGGUACUAGGGUCUUAAGUGUCUGAAGUCCUUCCAUGUUAGGCUCUUUAGAUGAACAUACCUGACAAUGGUUCAUUUGGAAUGCUCCCCAAAAAACCCUUGUGCAAAAACACCAUAUCCAUGAUUCAUAAAUCACUUUUUCUAGCUGCUUCAGCAGCUCGGUCCUUGUACUUGAAGUUUGCUAAACACUUUAGAAAUCCUGGAGACACAUGUUGCUGUUGAUCUAUAUGUGCGUUACUUAGAACAUGGUUCUAUGAUAGCUGUCACUUCUGAAUUGCCUGCUUUUCAGGUUAUUUGUAUUAAAACAUACUAGGAAUUGAAGAUGAGAAUGAUGGGGGAAAUGCUUUAUAAUUGCAGGGAACUGUACUCAUCAAGAAUGCCGCUGAGCUGACAAAUUUUAGCAGAGGAGAGGAAAACUUACUGGAGUUACAAGUCAAGAGCAUUGCUGAUGCUGGUGUAAAUGUUGUAGUUACAGGAGGAAAAGUGGCAGACAUGGCACUUCAUUAUGCUAACAAAUAUAAUAUUAUGUUACUCAGGUAAGUUGUGCAAAGGUGUAAAUUGUUUACAUUUCUUGGCUCAUUUAACUGAAAUACAUAGCAUAUUUGUUUCCUGAAGUGUAAAUUAGUACAUAUGUUUCAUCCCAUUAUGACUUCAACCAAGAUUAUCCCUGUGUGUGUGUUUUCCUCUCUUUCUGAACAGCCACAGAUGGGGGUGAAUGGGUGGAAAGUACUCAGUGCAGGUCAGGAUCAUGGCACAGAACAGUUCAUCAUUUUAUUUUGUACCAUUUUUGCCCUUAAAUUGUUCCCUCUUCAAUUUGUGGCAAAUUUUCUUUAGAAUUAUAGAGAUGUCACUUUUCUGAUGAUGGAAGGGAUUUCAUUUAAGUCCAGUGUGCAGUUAAUAUGGUUUUGGUUUUCAGGUAGUUUGGAUGAUGAUGAUGAUAAGGUGUACAUAUGUACGAUUAUUUGUCAAUUUUUUUUGUCAAUAAUGAAAUGCACUUUAAUGCUUCUGUUACCAAUCAAGACAUGAUGGAGGGGCACUGUCCUUGAACCAUUACCAGAGUCCCUGCUUGUUCCUAAACAGGACAGUGGUGAGAGGCAGAUGGUAAAUUGCAGUCUGUUGGUAGACUGCUAGUACCUGCUGGGAUAUUGCAGACUGCUGGGCUUGGUAUACUUUGGUCUCAUCCUGCAGGCACUACUUACAUUCUUAGGAAAGAAUGUGUGUUCUGGAUUGCUUAAGAGAGACUGGUGCUUUGAGUGUUUAUACAAGACAAAUUCCCAUUUUCUAGAUAGAGAGCUCAUCUAUUAUUAUUAUUAUUGUUAUUGUUAUUAUUAUUAUUAUUAUAAAAGGCCCUAGAACAGGGUCUUUGCAGGAAGUAAAAUGUUGAUAGGGAACAUUCCUGGAAAAAUUAGUUUGGUACUAACAAGAAUUUCUAGAUUAUGAAAAUUACACCUGAACACUAUUUUAUCUCCUUUCUUAAAGGCUGAAUUCUAAGUGGGAUCUCAGGAGACUAUGUAAAACUGUUGGUGCCACAGCCCUCCCCAGACUGGUAUGUAGCGAGAACAGCAGAGGUUUUUUUAAAACCUACUCCUUUGCAUAGACAUAAUCCUCCUUUUUCCUUCCCAGACACCACCUAAUCUAGAAGAAAUUGGUUACUGUGACAGUGUGUGUUUGUCAGAAGUUGGGGAAACACAAGUAGUUGUGUUUAAACAUGGUAUGUUUAUUACUUUAGUCUACUCGUUAUCUUUAAUACAUUGCAUAUAGAAACUUUGCAUUUAGUCAGAUUUCACAAGUAAAACAUUGAUAUAUUUUCCUGCAGAAAAGGAAGAUGGUGCCAUUUCUACAAUAGUAAUUCGUGGCUCUACAGAGAAUCUUAUGGAUGAUGUAGAAAGAGCAAUUGAUGAUGGUGUCAACACUUUCAAAGUACUCACACGGGUGAGUAAAGUGCUACGCAGAAUCAUAGAAUUGUAGAGUUGGAAGGGACCCCGAGGUUCAUAUAAGUCCAGCCCAUGGCAAUGCAGGAAUGUAGAGGAGCAUUAUUUUACUGGCUUGUUAAAAUGCAAAGUUAAUCAUGUGCAGUUACAGAAAUGCUACCAUACUGGAAUAUACAAUAGUAUAUACUACCCCCAGUAGAGCAGAGUGCCACUCUCUGGUUCAGGGUGAGAGAAGUUAAGGUUUUAAGUUUACAGUGAUACAUGUGUCAGUAAGUCAGGUGGGCCAAAUUUGGGGUGGGGAUGGUAUGUGAAAUUGAGUGGCCCAAUUGACAUGAGAACACCCUUUCCCCCCAAAAGGGGGCAAAUAAAGUAGUCAUUGUCAUCUUCUCUGGCUUGGCAGUUCCCUACCCUGAGCCAUUUACCUCCCAACUCUGAGGGAACAAUUCCAGGUGUGCAAAGGCAAUAGGUGAGGACAAUGCCACUCACCAGCUCCUCAUCCAGCUGUGCUGUUCAUCCCCUCACAAGGUCAUUACCAUCUGCUACCCUGUAAGAAGGAUAUGCUAACUUACUAUGAUGUUACCGUCUUUCCAGGGAGGCUCAAUUUUCUAGAAAGGGAGGAUAUAAAUAAUAAAAUAAUGCAAUCCGUUGCAUCCAGAUGACAGUCCAUUUUAUAUAAGCAACCUUUUGAAAUAAACUUCUCUAAAGCCUUCAUGCUUAACCUAAGCUCAACUGUUAAUUUGUCUGUAAGCCUGCCUUCUCCAAUAUGUAUCUACUCAAACUUUAGCUUCCUCUUUGGAGCUCUUGCUCUUAGUGUUGCCAAAAAAAUUAAGUGAAUUGGGUAACCACCCUGGGAAAGGGCCUUUUUGGUAUUGACUCUCUAGCUGUGGAAUAUCCUUCCCAGUGAGGCUCACCUAGCACCUGCUUGUAGUACUUUUGGAGCCCGGUAGACCAUUCUGUUCACCAGGGCCUUAUUUAUUCGUUAAAAAUAUUUAUGUACUGCUAUAAAAAAGCAGUUUACAAUAAUUGUUUACUGCUUACUUACAAUAAAAAUGGGUUACAAUACACUCUUUUUUUUUAGUUUGUUUGGUGCAGUAUGUUGUCUCCUCCCCGUCUUAGUUGGGACAGUGGGAUAUGAGACAGUAUACUGAUAAAAUAAAUACAAAGGAAGAGAGUGAGAUAAAUUUUAAAAAAGACUUGAAAUAGUUGCUUGAACUCUUUUGCAGGAUAAGCGUCUUGUUCCAGGUGGUGGUGCAACAGAGAUAGAGUUGGCUAAGCAGAUCACGUCAUAUGGAGAGGUAAGCUACAAACUUAAUAUCUUUACUAAAUUUAACUUUCCAUAUAAUGCAACUUAAAAUCCAAUUCUGUCUUUAGACUUGUCCAGGUCUUGAUCAGUAUGCUAUCAAGAAAUUUGCUGAGGCAUUUGAAGCUAUACCCCGAGCCCUGGCUGAAAAUUCUGGAGUUAAGGCUAAUGAACUUAUUUCUAAGCUCUACGCCGUACAUCAAGAAGGCAACAAAAAUGUUGGGUUUGAUAUUGAGGUAAGGCUAAUGCCCAGCAUAACAUGCUUGUGGUGGUAGCAGUGUUCUGGAAGGCCAUCCCUAGGAGAGUGUCUGCAAGGGAACAGUACUCUUUAACUAUGGUUGCAGGGUGAUGUGGGGAUUCUGAAUCAGAUGGGCACAUCUGUAAAGGAAGAAUUGGGAGUACACUUAGGCUGCAUACUCACUAUACUUUUAAAGCACAGGCAAAACACAUUUUCUCCUUGAAUAAUUUUGUGGUUUAAGAGUUAUUGGGACUGUAUAGUGCCCAGGAUUUUUUGAGGAGGGAAAUGUUCUUUAAAGGCAUAGUGUGUAUGCAGUUAGAGCAUACUCCAGUUUCUUCUGUUUGAAUUUGGCUGUGCUGUAGCUUUACCUGUCCUGCACCUGACAAAUUAGGUGGAUGACUGGGUAGGUUUGGCCAGAACUGCUUCAUGGGCCAAUUGGGGAGGCUUAAGCGGGGGAAACUCCACUUGUUUUGUUAAUCCUUUUACAGUUAUUUUAAUGACCUUCCUAUUCUAGCUGUUUUGUGAUGUAAGGCUUAAAGAUUUUUUUGAAUAGGGAAAUACUGUUUUCUUUCAAAGCAAAAUACUAUGGGCUUGAUUAUCAAUAUUAAUACCCGCUAGCUGUCCAUUUUGUUCCAUGGGCAGAUUCUUAGCACCUUUAACUCUUUUACUGACAUCAGUGGAACUCUCAUUGUAAUCCUGUAUCUGCUCAGAAAGGUGAGGCGCUGAACUCUUUUUCUAACAUUUGAUAGGCUGAACCUGCAGCUGUGAAAGACAUGUUGGAAGCUGGUGUAUUAGACACAUACCUUGGGAAGUUCUGGGGGAUUAAGCUGGCUACAAAUGCUGCAGUAACUGUCCUAAGAGUUGAUCAGGUAAGUUGGUGUAAUAGGCUUUUUAAUUGCUUCAGGUAUCAGGCUAAAUCAAUACGGUAUGGAAGCUGCUAGAGUAUUGUUAGGUUAUAUAUGCUUCAUAUGAUGAUUUGGUUAAAGUUGAAGGUCGAUAACUUAAUGUGGCAGUGUGUAGUCUUCUGGUAGGCUUCUGUUUUCAAAUGAUCAGUUUCAUACAGUAAAGGAUUAUGCAGACUCUUACAUAAAUACUUUUAAAAUUGAAACUUGGUGGAAUUCUGUGCUUGAUGUGAAAUUCCUAUAGAUUAUUAUGGCAAAAGCAGCAGGUGGUCCAAAAGCCCCUAAAGCUUCAGAACAUUGGGACAAGGAUGACUGGAAAGAUGGACCUGAACAGUAGUGUGAAGUAAGAUUUGGUAUCAUGGCUCAUGUUGGCAAGGAACGAGACUUUGCAUGAAUUCCUCUGCCUGGUGCUGCUGAGUGUAUUUUUGCUUCCACUUCCACUUAUGUGUAGGCUACAUCACAAUUUAACAACCUGCUUGAGAUAAGGGUGCACAACACUGUUAAUAUUCCUAAAACAUGGUUUGAAGAAUUAUUCUAUAGACUAAUAUGCAUGAUUUAGUUUACACUAUUAGAAGCAUUAUUUGUGUGCUAAUCUUACAUAUUUUGCAAGUUAUUGUAGUUGAAUUUUUUUAUAGAACAUUAACACUUUGUCUUGGUUACCACACAAUGCACCCAAAACACCCCAAGUUUUGUGUCUCUUUUGUAGGAAAUGCAUUCUGCGAUUUCCAUUUUUGGCAUUCAUGCUAAGCAUGUAUCUAUAGAAAUCUAAACUUACAGCAGACAAUCACUGCUACUUGGAGACAAUUCCUCAUGACAACAGUGCUAUCCCCAUUGCUUGCUUAGCAGUGUGGGUAUAGCAGUCUUGUACAACUGACACCUGCAAAGGAGAUGGGUGCUUUUUGAGAUGCAAGAAGAGCAGCCAAGGGCUACUCACAUGUGCAAGAGGGUUUUGCUUUUCCCUGUUAGGCUGAUUGAUUUCUACAAUUUUAAUCAAUAUUUUAUAAAAUAGCAAAAACAGUCCUGGAGCUAUGGUCAAGACUUAUGGGUUGAAUGCAUUUUUCAUUGCAUAACCUUUUUGUAAUACUAAUUAUGGAAGUAUGUAAGAGAUGAGGCAAAAGAUACAUAUCAAAUCAAUACUGUCAUACCUUAAUUCAGCUGAAGUGCAUUCUAUGUAAAAAUGUAGGUCUAACAACUACUUUUGCUUGCAGAUCAUCAUGGCAAAACCAGCUGGUGGCCCCAAACCACCAACAGGAAAGAAGGAAUUGGAUGAUGACCACAGUGAUUGAACACUUUGAGUACUACUUAAGGAGUUGUGUAUCUUGUCAUAUAUGUUACUCACCUUUAAAUUAUGAGACUUAGCUUGUCUUGUACCAUUUCAAUAAAAACUGUUUCAGUAAAAAAUUGUUCUGAAUGUGGUAAUAAAUCCUAUUCAAUAUUAC